AUGGGUCAGACUUCUCAGGAUGUCACCAGUGACCAUGAAGUCCUUCCUACUGCAGAGGAACCCAUCACUGGUGACCCUGAAGUCAACAAUGACUGGAGUCAAGGCCCAUCAUUGGAGGAGCCCAUCAGUGGUGACCCUCAAAUCGAUGAUGAUUGGAGUGACGACGUCUUCCAAGAUUUAAUUGAAAUCAAUUCCUGCUGCUAUGAAAUCGGCGAUCAACUGGGAAAAGGAGGCUUUGGAACGGUUUAUGCCGCGACUCGUUUGAAAGAUGACCGUCAGGUGGCAGUGAAAUUUGCUUCCAACGAGUGUGCAAAAUAUGCCCGCAUUGACGGUUAUUCCAGACCCAUUCCGCUCGAGGUCGCUCUGCAAAUGUAUGCAAACCAUGGGCCCAGGGUUCCUCAGAUCAUCGAGCUUCUAGACUGGAAGGAUGAGGAUGACCAUUACAUUAUGGUCCUAGAGCGGCCCGUGCCCUGUCUGCCCUUGUAUGACUUUUUGCAGAGCUACACGAGCACCAUGGAUGAGAAGUUGGCACGGAUAAUUAUGGGGGAAGUAGUAUUCGCUGCUCAAAUAUGCUGCCAGCGUGGAGUGUUACACCGAGACAUCAAGCUGGAAAACUUGCUGAUUAAUCCGGACACCCUAGAGGUCAAAUUGAUUGACUUCGGGUGUGGUGAUUUCAUCACCAGCGCGGGUUACACGUCCUUUGCUGGCACAGAAGAGUACUGCCCCCCCGAGUAUGAGAUGUACGGUGUGUAUCACGGGGAACCAGCGACAGUGUGGUCCCUCGGGAUACUCCUGUUCUUAAUACUUUUCUGGAAAUUUCCAAGCAGACGAGACCUGCGUAUGAUCAGUAAGAAUGUCUGGGAAAAUGAUGGCUUGUCACAAGAAUGCUGCGAUUUUAUUCGUUGUUGUCUCCAGAGGAGCCCAAGGAAACGGAUUGAACUGGAGAAAAUCGGUCUCCACAACUGGUUUAACGUCUUUAAAGUCUGA